GGACCGUCCUCGGUGUAAAGAAGAGAUAAAUUCAAUUUAAUACAUGGAUGGAUUCGCAAAUUAAAUAUCUACGGAGAAUUACGCAGUCAUUAGUGUAGAAUUAAAGGACGUAAAACUGAUAAUCGAUUUUUCACGCGGAUGGACUCGCAAAUUAAAUAUUUACGGAGAAUUACGCGGUCAUUAUAUAGUGUAAAAUGAAAGAACCGUCUCAUAACUGAUCAUAGUUUGAUGCCCUUUAAUUUUACACCAAUGACCGCGUAAUUCUCUGUGAAUAUUCAAUUUGCGAAUCCAUCCAUGUGUUCGGUAAGAGAAACUUAUAUUAAUAACGAAAACGAAUUGGACGGAAGGCGAUGCGCGCGAGAUACGACUCCGCGCGCCGAUCAGCUGAGCGCGGAGGUUUUUUUUCCCUCCCCAUUCGAAAGUUCGAAUGACAGCUCGCGUGGUUGUCCCGCGGCGGCGUACGGUUCUCGCGCGUCAAGACUCGCGCCCGGCUGACAGUUAAAGACCCGCGGAGGCGCAGGCCGCGCCGAUCGCCGCGCAAGAAUGACACAGGAGCUGUCCGGUGUGACCAUAGUGAUAUUUAUAGCGGCGGGCGUUCUGACGAUACUCCUGCUAUUCAUCUUCGCGAAGCGGCAGAUCAUGAGGUUCGCCCUGAGGUCCCGUCGGGGCCCGCACAUCCCCGUGGGGCACGACGCGAAGAAGUCCCUGAAGAAGGAGAUAGAGCGGCGGAUAGAGGUGAUACCUAGGAUCCAGUACGAGCCGCAGCUGAUCAGCGACCCCAGGUACAUCCUGACCCCGGGCGGCCAGGCCCCGCCGCACUAUUACAGAUUGAAGGCGGUCGACGACGUGAGAACCCUGGAGGCAGAGAUCACGAGGUACGACAACUGUCUGAAGAGACACCCCUCGGAGAAUCUCAGGGCGUAUUUGCUCACCACGCUCGCCACACCGCUGAACGGCAGCGGCCAGCGUUUGAUUCACCAGUUCUGUGAUUUGUACGAACACGCGAGGCACGACCCCACCGAAUUCGGCGACGAGGAGUAUCAGGUGUACACUCGCCUGUUUCUCAAGCUAAUGGACGCGGCACGUUUGCUGAAGUCGUAUCCGAGCAGCAGGAAGUCCAGCCCUAGUCGCACGCCGAUCAAGAAGAGCGUGGAGACGAAGAGGAACAUUCUGGAGCCCAGGAUGCGCCCGCCCGAGGAGCAAAUCCUGACUGGCACGAGACCCAACACUCUGACGGUAAUGACGCUGGACAAUAGCGAGACGUCCGUUUAGCAUUAUGAGUGCCGUCACAUACAGCAUAUGUGACGAGGCAAUUGUAGAUAGGACAUACGACGCUGAAAUAAUUUCUAUUAGACUACGCGCAAACGGAACGUCCGAUUUAGUUAGGGGAGAAUUAUUAAUAUGCAUUUUUACUUUUACUAAUAAGUGCACCUGAGCUCGCCACUCUAUUCAACUUGCGUAUCGAACGACAUAUAUUUUGUAUACAACGAGCAAGUACGUUUCUUUCUGUGAUUUGUUCUGAUAUUUAUAUGACAUUUACAUUUAUACAAGAUCAGCCUUAUAAGAUAGAACUUUUCGCGCUCGUUGCACCGGCAUCGCUUGAAGAGUAUUUUAACGAGUACUGGAUGUACAGAGGAAGUAACGGUGUGUCGUAGGAGUCGCCGAAUUAGAAAAUUAGUGGUAGAAUCUUUUUAAAGCGUCCGUUUCUCGUCGUGCGUAAGUUUCUCAGACGACAGUCGGAAGGCGAUAAUCGUACGUUCUCUUCCCGAUUGACUCCACACGAAUGAUUCAAUACUAAAUUUUACAUACACUCUCAGCCGCACAUAGAUCUACAUAUCUCUAGUAAAAUUCAGGAAAAAUGUCUGCAGUAAUUGAAAGAUAA